ACAGUAGUCUCCCCUGAACUUGGUGCUAGCAUGGUCAACUUCCUGUUCUCUACACUCUACAACACGUGUGUCUGCGUGCUCUUGACAUUUCGUCAUCAUUCUUUUAUGCUUAAGUAUGAAGGUCAGGGGUCAGCUAGUGGCUCAGCACUGCUGACUGCUAUCUUCAAGACUUCAACUGCACCGAGUGCACAGAUUAUAUCAGGAUCAAACCACUAGUUCUGUUGUCAACACUCUGAAAUAAUGAAAUCAUCAUUGCGUGUGAAAAGUAUACUGCAACAUCAUUCUUCGCAGCUAAAUGUUAGCAGUUACAGAGACGACGGUGUCAUUCUGUUAUAAAUACAAUCAGUGUGAAGAAUUUACUUGUUUUAAUUGAAUUUAUCCUUCAAGAAACUUGAUGAGCGGCAAUGAAAUAAUAACUUAGUGCGUGUAACCAUGGUGGGCUACAGUCCUGAUAAAACUCAUUUGUCUUCAAAAGAGUAUGCUUUCGCUGGAGCAGCCAGUGGAGCUCUUACAAGAUGCCUUGCUCAGCCGCUCGACGUGAUUAAAAUUAGAUUCCAGCUUCAGGUGGAGCCAGUCUCAAAGAGUGCCCAGUCCAAGUACUCUGGAGUGUUGCAGUGCACGCGUUGUGUUUUGCGUGAAGAAGGGUGGAGGGCAUUAUGGAAGGGGCAUAUUCCAGCGCAAGUUCUCUCCAUCUUUAUGGGUUAUUUCCAGUACACAUCCUUUGAGCUCUUCACAAAAGCAGCUUGGCUAUUGUUUCCAGCUGAGCUAACCACUUCACAAUGGCGUCCUGUUACUCACUUGCUGUGUGGAAGUCUUAGUGGUGGUGUGGCAACCUUUAUUAUUCAGCCUGUUGAUGUUCUCCGUACUCGCUUUAUCGCACAGGGUGAACCAAAGGUUUAUUUAGGGCUGGCAGAUGCAUGUAAACAAAUAUGGAGGAGCGAGGGUGCAUAUGGAUUCUACAAAGGGUUAAGCCCAGCCCUGCUGCAGGUCAUGCCACAGAUGGGGCUGCAGUUUGGUUUUUACUCCCUUUUUACUGGGCUGUGGAACAAAUCUAAGGGCACGUGGUUGUACAGUGCUCCAGAUCAGCUCGAAAGCAUAGUAUGUGGAACUGGAUCUGGUCUUCUGUCCAAACUUUUUAUUUAUCCCAUGGAUGUUGUGAAAAAGAGACUUCAGAUUCAGGGCUUUGAAUCUGCACGGCAGGGAUUUGGGGCCACACGGCAGUAUUCUGGAAUGAUCUCAUGCCUGCUGCAGAUAAGUUCAGAAGAGGGUGUGAGAGGUCUGUAUAAAGGGCUUUCCCCUGGUCUUCUCAAAGCAGGUUUUGUGGCAGGUGUGAAUUUCAGUAUUUAUGAGCAAAUCUGUGGUGUCCUCACAGCUUUGAAGCAGCUAUAAAAUGACUUGUUUAUAAGGUACUUUAUUUUUGCCAUUAGAUUUUAAACUGGGGGCAUGAGCAAAUGAUGUGAAACAAGCGAUGCAAAUUUAUAAAUUAAGCAUGAGGUUGGCUUGUAAAUACCUGUUUACUUGUUCCACCCAGAUUUACAGCUAGAGUGAAAGGUACAUCUUAGGUUAACUAAGCAGCAUCGAUAUCAUGGGAUUCUGCUAAUUGAUCAUGAAUUUGAAAUCCUCUCCACCUCCCUCUACAGCUAUUCUCUCCACAACAUCUAAGCCUUCCUCCUCUUCAUGUUCCUCAUCAGCCUACCUCCAUCUCCAUUUCAUCGUCAGAAUUUCCAAGAAAGAGAUCGCACACCUCAAGAGCUGAGUAUAGCUGCCUCACUAUGUUUCCAGUUGGAAAAGACAGGUAGUGGGGGAAAAUGCUGACUUCUGUUCAAACAUACUUCCUUCGUUGUGUAAGGGAGAUCAUUGUGUUCAGAAAUAUCUAAACUAUGUUAUUAAGUUUUUCUUCUAAACCACAAGCUUUAUAGCUCCAAGAAAGGUUUAGCUACACAUGGUAUACACUGGAUGUCAGAUUGUUUGCUGUUGUCAAAAGGUCAUGUAACUCCUCAUAUCUUGCACUCAUACAUUUUGAAUGAGGUUUUAGCUGUGAUGUAUCUGCAUCUUCGUUGUUAGAUUUGUGACAUCUUCAAAUGCUCCCUUUUGACUUGUGUUACAUUGCAUUGAUUGAAUUUUACACUAACUGAAUGGUGUGGCAUGAAAUAGCUUGAUGGUGCCUUUUCUCCACAACAGUGUUCAGGGAAUGAGUUGAGGGUAAUUCACAAAGGACAUAGAACAGCACAAGCUGUUUAUUUUUAUCUUGUAUUGUUAUUGAUAUGAAGGAUACACUGGCUUGCACUUGGCAAACAGUUCGCAUAGGUCAUAAGGUCACGUGAUUGAGAAGACUGCAUUGAAGCAGACAAAAGAGUUGUGUAAUUUCUCUUAUUAAAUGCAACCCAUUACAUAACCUUCUACAUUUUGCAUUUGAACAAACACGAAAAUAGUUGAGAUUCAAAAUGAUCACGCUUUUUAUUUAUGAGAUUCUAAACAGUUUUAUUUUCCAUGAGAAUUCCUUUUUAAGCAUAUCUAUUUACACUUCAUCAAGUGAGGUGUCACUGCCACCUGCCUGGUUGUCUGUUUAAAGAACAGCUGUUAUUUUUAUUCUUUCAGUCUUUAGAGCAGACUAAAACUGAAAGUGAAGUUUUUGUUAUCCAUGAGCUUUUAAAGUGGUUUUGUUCACAUUAUGAAAUGUUUGUAUUCUUUGGUGAUAUUAUUUGUUGUGGUUGUAUUUUAUGUGUGUGUAGAAGAUAAAAAAAAAGUAACAACUAGUAUAAUGUCUUAUUCCUGAGUCACAAUAUAUUAAUGCAAUUUAACUUUUUGAAUUUUGUCCAUGGAUUUUUUUAUAACCUCAUUUAAUGUAAAGAGUUGUACAGAUAAUUUGUAACUGAAUUAAUUCCAGAUGCAAUGAUCACUGAUCUGAAUUAUGAGCAAUCAAGAUCUUUAGUUUUCAAAAGCAUAUGUGCAACAUUGAUUGCUCUAUAAUUUCAGCGAGAUUUUUUUAGAUUUGCUGUUAAAAGAAGGUCAAGAAAUAAAAUACAUUUAACAAUAAAA